AAUCAAACCAAGGGCGCGGCUACAAGGAAAUGCUUUCGUUCCAGCAACAAUCGAAUGUCACCAUGCAGCAGCAUCAGGCAGCUUCACAGCAGCAGGCUCAGCAGCAAGCUCAGGAAAUUCAAAAUACAAUUCAACAUUUACAGCAACAACAGGCCCAACUCGAACAGGCCCAGCAACAGCAACAACAACAACAGGCCCAGCAGCAGCCUCAGCAACAAUCUACAAUGCGUUUGCGCGAUGAUCCACCAACUAUAACUCCUCCAGCCACCACAAGGAGAAAGCGCAAGUCCCCGCCUAGCACAAACGCUGAGCAGCCACCCCCGCCACCGCCUCCCCAGCCUCAACCACAGCCCCAACAGAUGCAGCAUGUGGCAUUACCCCCUCCCCAUGCCCUGAUGCAUCCACCGCCCCACGGUAUCCCAGGUCCUUUGCCUCCAGGCUUCCCUUACCCGCCAGUCGACUAUACACCGGGCGGUCUUCCUCCCGGUAUGGCGGCCCCGCCUCCGCCAGGCCAAGUUCCACCUCCCCAGCAGCCCCCUCAGCAGCAGCAGCAACAGCAGCCAGCCAGGGCAGCAACAACCUCCACCACAGGAGGCCGCACCUUGAGCAAUAGUAAACGUGCUGAGCAGAACAGAAAGGCGCAACGUGCUUUCCGAGAGCGUCGUGAUCAACAUGUCAAGUAUCUCGAGUCGAGAUCGCAGCUACUCGAUGCUGCCCUGCAGUCCGCAGAUGAGGCGAAUCGUCGGUGGGAAGAGUGUCGUGCCCUUGUCGAUCAGCUGCGUGUCGAGAAUGCCGCCCUGCGAGCGGCGCUCAGCCAUGCCGGAAUGUUGCCAGGAGGCGCCGCCAACUUGUCGGCUGCUGCACCUGCUCCUUUACCUCCCCCACCCGAGUCAGCGGCCAAGGAGGGGGCUUCGGAACAGAAGAACGAGGUAGCGCCCUCGACCACCGUCGUCGAGCAGAAGAACGAGUAGAGCAGCGUGUAACCUCACUUGGGCAAAUGUCGAAAGUAGUUUUGUCGCCGUCGUCGUCAGUGUGUCUGAAAUUCCUGUAUCAAUAGUCAUAGAGUCCAAAUUCAUACCCGAAUGU